UUCAACAUUUUUUUCAACUCAUUAUAAAUUUUCCCCCAGAAGUCUUUCACCUUGGGACACGUCCACCACAUAUGAUAAAAAGUACCUUCUUUUUCUUUACAUUUCCAACACUGAUUAUCAUUUGUAUGAUAGACCUUUGCUAAUUUCACCGAGGUUAAGUACAAUCUAUACAUCAUUUUCAUAAUAUUUUCUUUUAACACAGUACAUGCAGUAAACUUAAUCCCUUUCUUCCACAGCCUUUCCCAAUCUUCCAACAUUAUAUGGUGUCCAACAUCUCUUGCCCAAAGCAGGCUCUUCUUAGACUCUACAGCACAUCUCAAAAAUUACACGUCGGGAGAAUCGCUUGCCAAUCCCAGCAGCCUUCUGCUGCCCCCAGGGAAACAAACAGAAGUGAAGAGAAAGUUAGAGAUGAGAGAAGACUUUCACUUCUCAAAUGGCAUCAGCACAGUCAAGGGAGGGUUUUUACUCAUGCAUGGCUGACUCCACGUGGUCUCCACAAGCUUCUGCUUACUGGAACCAGCGGCGACGAAACCCCUUUUCAGCAGAGACCAAGUGACUUCCCUCCAAAGUACCAUAAGUCACUCUCGGGUGCCGCGAGAGCAGUGACCCGGGUUCUCCCAUCCCCAGGAUGUCUCAGGAUGUGACCUACGUGGACCUGAGAUUCGGGAAGGUUCCUCUGGAGAAGAUCCAGCGGCAAGAGACAAAUGAGGAGGAGCUCACCUACGAGAACGUCCAGGGAGCCAGGCCUGAGGAAGAAAAGGCCCCCAGCAGCUUAGAGCCUGCAAAAGGGCCGAGGCGUCAAACCUACUAUGCAGCCGUGGCCCUCCUGGCAGUCUCCCUCUUCUUCUUUGCCACUACUGUCGGAUUCGUAGUCGGUUACUGGCAGGUCUCCCGGCAACUAGGCGAGGCUUCCCAAGCCCACGCCGCAAACAGCAGCGCCCUGGCCCAGAGGAUCAGAACCCAGGAGGAGAGCCUGGCUGAGGCCCGGGAGAUGCUACGAGAAGCCGAGGCGGGACUCAAACGCGCCGGGGAAGAGCUGAGGCGAGCAGAGAGCAAUCUGACCUUCCUGCAUCAGGACCAGGGCAGACUGGAAGAGAAGAACCGGGAGAUGGAGACCAAUCUGAUGCACGCCAGAUCUUGCCAGCAGAUCGGCUGCUGCCCCCCUCAGUGGAAGCUUUUCCGAUGGAAAUGCCUGUGGGUUUCAGCGGAAAAGAGGACUUGGGCAGAAAGCAAGACUGACUGUGCGAACAACAAAUCCCUGCUGCUUGUUUUGAGAGAUCCCUGGAGUGCUGAGGAGCUGCAGCGUUCCCAAGUCUUAAUGAAUUCUCUGCAUUCAACACCAUUUUGGAUUGGGCUGAAAGGAAUAUUGAGAUGGGUGGAUGAUUCACUCUAUUCAGGACCUCUGGAACUUAAACGUAAGAAGGAGUGUGUGCAAGUGAGCCAAGAAGGCCUGAAACAAGAAUCCUGUGGCAGAAAGUCUCUGUACAUCUGUCAAAAGAUAGCCAAGUCCAGUCCCUGGUCAUGAACAGCUGAGAGUCAGAACCGUUUUUGAUCUGCUGCAAAUCACCCAGAGAUCUUGCAGGAGGUCCAGAUCUAUCUCCUCCUACCCCCUGGUCUGUCUGGUGGUGUGACCGCUCUUUUUUUACAAGAUGCUCAUGGCCCCAGCCCAUGCACACACCUUUCCCAGUAUUCAAACAAAGGCUAAAGACAGCAAUCGAUAUCCGUGUUUUUGUGAUACUGCCUAU